UCUCUCUCUAUCUUUUGUUUCUCUCUCCUCAUCCUCCCUGGAAAUGGAGCUUGGUUUGAGAUUAGGAGAUGGUUCUCCAUUUGGGUUCCCUAAGACUCAAAACAAGCACCCACCACACCCCACUGUAUCCCGCAGAGGCCUCGAUUUCUGCCUCGUCGACGCAAACGACGUCGUCGGCUGUUUUUUCGGCCCCCCGCCGCCGCCUCAGCUGGAUCUUCUUCUUCCUCGUACUCCUCUCGCAUCUCGCCCAUCUUCUGAAACUGAUGUUUCAGAAGCAGCGGCGGCGGAGGGCGGAGGAAACCCAUUACUGUCGGCAUCAUUGGAGUACGGCGGUAGAGCGGCGGCGACACGGCCGGAAAACAGCAGCGGCGAUGAAGAGGAAGAGGAGCAGAAUUUGGGGUUGAGGAAGAAACUGCGGCUGUCGAGAGAACAGUCGGCGUUUCUUGAAGAAAGCUUCAAAGAACACCACUCGCUUUACCCUAAGCAAAAGGUAGAACUUGCAAAGAGACUGAACCUUCGUCCUCGACAAGUGGAAGUUUGGUUUCAAAACAGACGGGCAAGAACUAAGCUGAAGCAAACGGAAGAGGAGUGUGAAUACUUGAAGAAAUGGUGCGAAACGCUGAGCCAACACAACACAAAGCUUCUGAAGGAACUCACAGAUUUGAAAGCCUUGAAAACCACUGAUUCUCUCUUCUUCCAUUUGCCCCCCACCACUCUCACCAUCUGCACGUCUUGUCAACGCGCCGCCGGAAAACACCUCGCCGACGAAUCCCACGCCCACCGCACACAAUAAUUAAUAUCAUCAUUAGCCUUUUCUUUUUUCUUUACAUCUUUUCCAUCCUUGCCUGGUUCUCUGUGCAUGAAUUCAUG